AUGUCGAAAGUAACAAAAGACGAGUUCCAGGCUCUCACCGCGAAGAUGGACGCCUUGACGCUCUCCCACCAGGAGAUCACCACUACUCUCGCUACCGCGGUUAAUACCAAGGAAUUCCGCUCAGCCUUAGACGAGCUCAAGCAGUCAAAUGAGUCUUUCAAGACACAUCAGGCUGGGGAGUUUGAAAAGUUGCACCAGUUGGUGUCGGCCCAGCACGAAACCAUCGCGAACCUCAGCAAGCGUGUCGACUCACCCCCGAGCACCAGCUCCCUUGAAGGCAUUUCCCGUAUUGGCAAGGCUGAUUCCGAAUUUGAACCCGACACCCCCCAGAAGGGUAACUCUGUCCUACAUGGCAUGGACUUUGCUGCCAGUGACACGGGUUCUGUUGACUAUCGAAAAGAAUCCGACGCCCUCAAGUCCAUCAUCCGGAACGAGGUUUACCCCUCCUUGUCCAGCGAAGAAUUCCGAAAACAGUUGUACGCUUACAAAUCUUUUGAUUCCCGGGUGGCUACCUUUAUCCUACUCCAGGAUGACAUCCGUUGGAGCACCAGAGCUCGGGCUUUCCACCUUUGGUGCGGUGUCAACGAUAAGCAGCCCCUCUUCGAUCAACAGUACCUCCAACUCCGAAGCACCUUUGAAGCAGAGACUGCUGAUGAAUCAACCAAGCCAGGUGCCCACGCUCGUCUGAACACCGCUUGCGAACGUCUCCUCCGGGACCUUUUUCGAAAGCGCGGGUUUGACCACGAACCUGCUGUCUCCUUUGCUGAACAAGAGGAGGAACUCCGUUUCCGGUUCAAAGAUUACCACACCGCUUUCUCUAUCGAGACACUACGUGCGUACCUCUCUGCUCUGAGCACCGCUCUGACCUCCUCACCUCUGCCGGUUCUCUCUCGGUGUCUCCAGUUGCAGAAGCUCGCUCCGACUCACCUGGGCACCGCCCUCGGACGCGAGAUCCCUCGUGACAACACUCGUUGGCUGAGCCUUGGCAUGGACUCCGACCCUGAGCGUGACCAUCAAGUUGCCACGGAGCUCAUCCAGCCCCUCGCCAAGAUGAUCACCCAACAUGUCCAACGACUUGACGAUCUCAAUGAUGAGGCUCUUCUGAGAUGGCGACAGCACACGGUAUCUUUCGAAGACGUGUGGAUGUGGGUCGAGCCUUCCGCCCCACCUGAGCCUUCCACGCCUGAACCUGACAAAGUCGUCGUUCACGUUGCGGGACGUGGUCGUUCCACCAGGAAGCCUGCCGACGGCCCUGUCUCAACUGAGACUGUGCAGAAACCCACAAUCCGUGCCUCGGAUGCCUCAACCUCCUGGGCAGCUGACAAGGCUCCUUGUGUUUUCUGUGGUUCCACUGCCCAUGCACUGGUCAACUGCGAUGACUCCGAAGGCAGCCCCUUGGUCAAGGCCAAGUACCUUGGCAGCUUCAAGUCUUUCACCCGACUUGGCUACCAGGGUUUUGAAAAGUAUCUAUCGCCUGUUGAUGCUGACUUCCCUCUAAAACAGAGCGCUCUCUACACUUCCUGGAAGCAGAAGGAAUGGUCGAAUCCGCUUAUGGAGCCUAGACUUCGAACUUUCAAUGCGCAGUGGCGUCCUGCCCUAGCUGGCCGCGUAAAUGCCGUUGAAUUUGUACACGUUGAAGACCCAGGCGGGCCUUUGGAUAACAGCUAUGACUCUGACUCAUCUGCGUCUGGUUAUGACUUCCAGGACCUUCUCCAACCCGGCACGUUCAGUGUCUGUCUAGGAGGGGUGCCUCGAGAUCUUCUGUCUGAUACGUUUUCCUCCUACGACGAGCCUCGCACUAUCAUUGACUCCACUGACUCCCAGCUUGAGCUCACGAAAGAGGCAAUCCACCAGCACAUUCUCCAGAUGGCAAAACAGCCCACACCCCUCCCCGUCACUUACGCAAUUGAUGCGCCUGUGUCAGGCUCCUACAGUGGCAACAUGAAGCGCCUUGUGGCACACCCAGCCUUCAUGCAGCUCGUAGCUCGCUUAACUGCUCCCCCGGGCACGUUCAAAGCCUCCACGCUUGAAGCGGGUUUUGUAGGUGCUGUUAUGGCCCCGUCUUCCCCAGUUGCCGGCCGUGUCUACUUUGUUGAUGCGGUCCAGCGAUUGCUCAACAAGUACAACGUAGUAUUGCCUACGAAGCUUUACGAGUGUUUCGCUACAGUCCGAAAUGACCUCAUGGAGCCCGCUUACGCCACCGAAGGCGAUCCUCGCCGACAGUCUCUCAAGACCAACAUCAACGCCUUGAAAACUGUUGUCGACAGCAAGCACCCUGACAGACCAGUGGCUCCGUUGCCGCGACGCAGCCCCCGUCGUGAUGUCCGUGAAGACAUGCCCCCGCCUGCUUUGCCUCAAGCGACAAAACGUGGUGCCGCUUCUUCUACGGUAUCUUCCGCUGCUCCCCCCACUGCUAAGCGAACCAAGGCUGUAGCCAAUCCCUCCUCAGUGGGGCCGACUGACUCCGCAUCCUCCACGGGCGCUGUUGUUGACGUCCCCAGCUCUCGUGUGGCUGUUCACCCCCCCCGUCUGGGUGAUAACCACUACGUGAGCCCUGGAACCCGUGUCACCAACCACAUCCACGAUGCCUCUGCCGUUGCGGAGAAUGCACCCUUAAAAGAUUACAAGGAUGCUCUGGACCGCCUCCCGUCUGACCUAGAGGACUCCAAGGCUCUCUUCACCAGAGAUCAUCCUCGUUACGACAAUGCCUUGCUGAAGGCUGGGCGUCUCCCUCUCUUCAAGCUUGAGGCCAUUCAUGCUCUGCCGGAAUCGGAAAAAGCAGACUUGUUUGAGCGCAUCCUCAAGGCGUCGGAUGUUGAUGGCCUCGUUCUUUUUGAGCUUCUCCAGGUGUGCCCUGACCUCACAAAGUACAUUUGGAAGAACUUCCGUCACCAGCGGCACCGGCUUGCGGGUCCUGACAUCCAAGCCAUCGCUCUUGAGCUCGGGGACGAUCUCAUGGAGUGUGCCAUGGAUCUUGCGCUCAACGUGAUUUCGUCCACACCGUAUGAGCUCAACUCUGGCACCUUCGGUCGUCUUCAGGAGGUUUUCACCACCAUUGACCGUCAGCUGUACGACGACAAAGUUGGUAGGCCACUCUCGCCCCACUUCACCGACAACAUUGCUCUUUUCGACCAACAGACCAGCGCCCUUUUUGACAGUGGCUCGUCUAACAACGUCAUCGACACUGAUUUCUUUGCCCUUGUACUCGCGAAGGCUGGUGUCACCCCUGACCGGGUGAUUGUUUUUUCUGACGGACAGUCCCACGCCACAGUCGCAAACGGAGCCAAGGUAAAAGUUGAUUUCUGGGCGCUUCUCCCUGUCACUUUCCUGGGUGUCGUUACUCUUGAAACAUUUUGUGUCAUGAAGUGCAGCAUGAAGUGUAUUCUCGGCACCGGAUACAUCAGCAAACUGCGCAUUUCGUUCGACCAUGAUCGUUACCGUGUCGCUUCAGUGGAGAACCCUGGUAACCCUGGCGUCCGGUGCUACCCUAGUGACAGACCUUCAGCUGGCCUUGUUGCUCACCUUGGGUUGCUUGACCGUCUUGUGAGGCCCGGCCGCCGGCCUGUGCCUGCGUUUCCUGCUGCCAAGCUGUCUCGCCAAAACGUCAUGGCACACGUUCGACCCACUCCCUCACUCUGUGGUGAUGUUGAUGAAGCAACAAAUCUCCUUGACGCCUCAUCUCUCGGAGGGCCUCAGCCUGGAUCUUACUCCCACCGUUCUGAAACAGCGGCAGGCUGUUUUGCCAUAUCCUUUGCUGAUGACUGUGAGUCUGCCGGCCCGCCUUCGAGCGCUGCCACCGCCAUUCUCAAGGCUCUAGCGUCCAGCUCCGGCCCUGAUCCCCUUGGCAUUCCCCCUCGUGAUGACCCUGACGAGUCUUACUCCUCAUCACCUGGGCACCACGGUGAUGUCUCUGGCGAGCCCAACUCCUCAUCACCUGGGCACACCUCCGCUCCCGUCGACGGUACGCUUGGACCUUUACUGCCUACCGAUGCCUCAUCUGUGGAUGACUCCAACGAGCUCUGCUCCUCCUCUUCAGGCUCGGAAGCCCCGUCGGAAGCCCCGUCCGGAGUCUCGGCCGCCUUGUCAGAUGUAGGCACCGUUUUCCAGGAGAGCUACACGUCGUACCGUUUCCAUGACAACCUUGCAGACAAUGCUCUUCAUGCCAGACCCCCCGACGCUCAUGCUCUCAGUGGUUUUAUUUCUUCUGCCGACCUCGACAGUGUUUUCCAGUAUCCACCUCCUGCAUCGCCCUGCAGCUGCUGCCAGCAGCCUGUACGUGAGUGUCGUGUACUUGGUAACACUGUUUUCAUCAUGGCUGACAUUGGCGACUCGGCUACCAUCGUUCAGGUUCAACCGGAUACUGACCUGUCCAUGCGCCAACAGCUCUACCUUGCUGAAGUUCUCAGUGAUGCCCAAGAAAUCACCCCUGAAGACUCUCUGCAUUCUUUAUCUGUCUCCGUCAAUGCCAUGUACAAGCCGCUACACAAGCGUUCUCUGCCUCUAAAUAAGCUUCGCCCGGACGGUUCCUUUCCUGUCGGUGACGGCUCCAAGCCUUCUCCGCGACAUCGCAACUUCUCUGGCGACGAGUCUUGCCAAUUUGAUGCCAAACUUGCUCCAGUCCUUUUCCCGGCCGAGCUUGCUCUCUGUCGCCAUCGCAUGUCGGACAUGGAGGGUGUCUGGGCUUUCAACGAAGACCAGGAGGGUGUCCUCAGUCACCAUAUUGAGGAGCCCACCAAGAUCUACGUGGAAGAGGGAGGCGUUAUCAACUCAAAGCACUUCCCUCUCCGCGGGGCUAUGGUCGGCGCUGCCAAAGACAUCAUCAUGAAGGGUCUCGCCAACGGCCAGAUGGAGCCCAGCUCCUCCCCCCACCGCAACGCCUGGUUCCUCGUGAGCAAAAAGAGCUCGGGAUACCGUUUCAUCCUUGACUGCCAGGGCCUCAACAAGAUCACCUUGAGAGAUGCUUUCCACCCACCCAACGCGGACCUCCUGGCUGAGAGUUUCUGUGGUCGUGCUGUAACUUCCCUGCUUGACAUUAAGAAUGGUUACGGUCAGAAGGAGAUUGCUCCCGAGUCCCGUGACUUGACGGCUUUUAACACAGAUUUUGGCUCCUAUCGGUUAACGCGCCUGCCUCAAGGUUGGUGCAACUCUCCAGCGGUGUUCCACCGUGCCAUGCUGCGCGUACUUGGGCCCCUCUUUCCGGAUCAGGCUGUUGUUUUCUUGGACGAUAUUGGCGUUCUCGGGCCUAAGACUGACUAUGGCGGAGCCAUGCAUGACGACUUUCCGGGCUGCCGCCGGUACAUCGUCGAACACAUGGACAACCUCAUGGCUGUGCUUCAGAAUCUCUAUGAAGCGGGUCUGACUGUGUCUUUCGACAAGGCCGAGCUUUUCGUCAGUGAGGCUGAGUUCCUCGGUUUCCUCACUACCUCUGAAGGCCGCUUCCCGUCCCCUGGCAGUUCCGAGAAGAUCGAAUCUUUCGAGUUCCCCACUACUGUCCGUGGUGUGCGCUCUUUUCUCGGUGCUGUGGUGUAUUUUCGCAUGUGGAUCCCUCAUUUCAGCAGUAUCGCUGCACCUCUGUACGACUGCAUCUCCGCUGCGCAGAAGGCUGGCAAACUCAAGAUCACCAAGACCGAGGCCACCGAGUCUGCUUUUAUGGCGCUAAAAAAGGCUAUGGUGAGCCCUGCGGUUCUGCACCGCUACGACCCCACCUUACCUAUUGUCAUCACCACUGAUGCGUCCUCCCUCGGAUGGGGCGCAGUAAUGUCUCACAUCGUCAGUGUUGGCCCUCCGGCUGCCCGUCGCCCCGUCCGUUUCGAGAGUGGUUUGUGGAACCCCACUGAGCGUACCUACGCAUCCACCAAGACUGAGUGCCUUGCUGUAAAACGUGCCUUGGAGAAGUGCCGUCACUAUGUCACUGGCGUUCAUUUCGUGAUCGAAACUGACAACCAGGCCCUGGUUUUCCUACUGCAGCAAUCCCGAGUUGAACUCCCUAACGCUAUGUUCACCCGGUGGUUUGCUUACAUCAAACAGUUUGAUUACGAGGUUCGAUUUGUUAAAGGCCGAGACAAUCCAGUGGCCGAUUGGCUGAGUCGUGAGAAAUUUUCUGACUUCCGACCUGUCGAUUUUCGCCCUCCUGUUGCUGAUACAGCUCGACAAGCUGAUGAGCUUGCUCCGCUUGUGCCCCCGACUUGGUCCCCUGUGGCCUCCAUCACUGUCCUGUCCAUUGGUCCAGAGCCCGUUUUCAUCCACAAAGGCAUCUCUCUCGAUCUCAUUUUCACCACCAUUGCCUCCGGCGAUCUUGAUCGAGAUGGUGUUGACAUUCCGCCUAGACUGCGUCAAAUCUGCUCUGAGUUCUUCAUUUUUGACGACAUUCUCCUACUGAUCAGCUCACCUGGUCUCCAUCGACGUGUUCUCUUCACAGAGAAGGAGGUGUCUGAGGUUCUCCGAGCUACCCAUGAACAAUAUGGCCACCGCGGUGCUGCUGCCAUCCUUCAUGCUCUCCGUCGCCUCUAUUACUGGCCGGGCAUGGCUGAUCACGUGAAGUCCCAUCGUGCAUCAUGCGGCACGUGUGCAAAAGCCACCAACCAUGGUCUUCUCAAGGCGAGUCUCCACUUCGUGGUUCCCCGUCUCAUUUGGGAGACAGUCCAGCUGGACAUCCUCUACCUUCCCGCUGUUCAUGGUCCCACCAAGGAGUACCCCGAUCUGGCUGAUCCCGCCAAGGCUCUCGCUGCUCAAACCACCCUCACCGACUUCCUCCCCACUGCCCCUCAGUUCACUGAUGUUUCCUCUGCCCCCCGCGGACGGCUAAAUGUCACUAUUGCCCCCUACCAGUAUGUCCUUGUCGCUCGUGAUGAAUUCUCUGGCUGGCCUGAGGCGGUGCCCUUACGAAGUAUCAACUCUCUCUCCACAGCCGCUUUCUUCUACGAUUUCAUCAUUGCUCGUUUUGGCGUUCCCCGUCGGGUCUACACUGACGGUGGUAGUGAGUUCAAGGGUGAUUUUAAGCAUCUCUGCGAAGAUUUCCACAUCAAGCAGGUUUUCACCACUCCUGCUCAUGGUCAAUCGACUGGCAUUGUGGAACGCGGUCACCAAAACCUCCUCCACUGCCUGCGCAAAUACGGUCGUCAGUGGAUCUUAUACCUCCACACCGCCCUCUGGGCUGACCGGUGCACCCGUCGUUCAUCCACGGGUAAGUCACCUUUUGAGCUGAUGUAUGGUGUCUCUGGUGUCUUGCCUGUCGAAAGUCGUUUCCUGACCUGGAAUUACCUCAGUGGCAAGACCGACCUGGCCCACAACGACCCCGCUCAUGCUGCUUUUCUGCGCACCUUGCAACUUGCUGCUUCUACUUUCGAAGUUGGCUCUGCUCGUGACCACCUGACCCUGCAACGCCAGCGUCAAAAGGCGUUCUACGACAAACAUCACAACACAGCUGAUACAGAUCCCUUGGCCGUAAAUGAUUUCGUUUUUGUUCACGACCUCCGUCCCCACAACAAGCUGACUCCUCGUUGGACUGGUCCCUCCAUCGUGACCGCGUGUCACCCUGAGACCAGCACGUACACUGUCAACGAUGUUGACGGUGAGAACCCGCGGCGUAUCCACCGCAACCGCCUCAAGGUUUUCCACCCCGCUUCCAUCGUUGAGUUCCAGGACCGCAUGAAGGAACAUCAGUCCCGCGAGUCUGCUCUCCCUGCCAUUCCUGGCCGCUUUUCUGCCUGUUCUCCACAUGUUCUUCCCCCGGCUUCAGUGGCUACUCGUUCCGUCCGUUCUGCAGCUACCACUGCGUCGACUAGAGUUACUUCUCGGUCGAAGCUCGCUCGUGUUGAUUCUGGGCUUGCUCAGGGCUCCUUCCUUGCUCAGGGCCUUUAUUCUUGA